AUGAAAUUUUUUAAACAAUUUAUAUCAGGCAAAAAUUUUUGCGGGAAUUUUAAGGAUAUUUGUGGCAAAAAAGAAUCCGAAUAUGCGCCCUGUGUUCAUAAAACAAAAGCGGACCAAUUAUUUAUGCAAUGUUGUAUGCAAUAUAUUCCAAACGAUUGUCAUAUUUUAUGCAAAUAUGAAGUAGAAGAAGUUGAAGCAAGGCAAUUGUUGCUUCACUCAAUAAAAUUUGGUUCUUGUGAUUUGAAAUAUAUCAGUACUGUAUUAUAUUGUGCUUCACAAAAUCAGGAUAAUCGAGAAUGUUGUGAAUAUCUUAGUCUUGCUGAUGAAAAGCUUGGUGUCGGUAAGCGCUGCUUAAGAAUGUGUGAUCCAGCAGGUUUACGAAUUGGUCGUAUUCAUCGUAAAGAUAUCACUUGCUUAUAUAAUUGGAAUGUUAUUAUGUAUUGCCAUCAGAGUGGUAUUCCUAUUGAAUAA